UAAAAAUAUUGCUCGUGUGCAUCUGUGAUUGGUUUAAACAAUUCAAACGACUCUUCAAUAAGUGGUCCUUUUGGAUAAUUGCAACCUCCCUCAAAAUAAGAAAUUGUGGUGUUUUCAUCUUAGUCACUUCUUUGACAAAGAUUUCCAAAUCAGGAUUACACAGAGUAACAUGUCAGGAAAUGCAUCUUCCAAUUGUUCAAACAAAUUUAAUAAGAAAAUGUUAUAAACGUAACAUUGUCUUGUGCGUUUAAAAAAUUGCAAGGAAAAAUUCUCAGUUCAAAAUGACAACCCUUUGGCUCAUAACAAAUCUAGUGGUGGAUAUAGUGAUCUGUGUACUAAUGGGAAGGGGCAAUAUUGACCAUUGGAUGGACUUAAUCCAAAGUGAGAACUCCUACCCCUCAGAUCUCUAUAUCUUUGGUGAUUUUCUCGGUUUCCUCCUUGCUCAAAUAUCAGCUUUCAUUUCUGCAGACUGAUUAUCAUCAGCUUUUAUUUUGGCAGUUACGUUUCCAAUUAUUGUAAUUAUAAAUUUUUCUUAAAUUUUCAUUAAUUGGGAUCAUUUUCUUUUGUUGCAAUAUAUCUUCGCUCACAGCUACUAUUAUUAAUAACAGUGAAGUAAAACUAUAUUUUAAUGGUAAUCUCUUGUCCUAUUUUGUACAAAGAUUUGAGACUCUUGGAGAUGCUUUAGAUGUCUUUAAUCACAUUUGGAGUCAUAAAUCUUGUCAAGUCCUCUUUCCAGAUUUGCUUCCUAUUUUUAAAAUUGAAGGUAACAAUAAAUACUAUCCGGCCUACAAGAUAUCUAGAAAACCCCUUUUAUCUUUUGUAGAUAUAGAAAUUUUUUGGUUGUUUACUCAGUUAUUAUGGUAAAACCUGUUGACAAAACUGGUGAUGGAAAACCAGUACCCGUUAGGAGAAAAUCAAUGUCUCUCAGAAAUAAGGUGAACCUUUGUAUAUUUCAGAUUUUUACAGUUUUUUUAUCAAGGCACCAUUGAUUCUCACGGAGUGCAUGGAUGACUAUGAGAUCACUUAUGACUUAGAAAGCAUUUACACCUCCAAAAAUGAACACACAAGAGAGAAUGGUGUUCUCAUUUUGUCAAUUUUUAAAAUGAACACAUAAAUGCUUU